CCGUACUGUAAAACAGACAUCUGAUUCACGAGUAAAAAUACGGUAGGUAUUAUAAAAAACCUUUAUUGUAAAAAAUUAUUUUUUUUCCAAUUUAAAUAAAUUUAGUUGAGUAGGAAACUGAAGUCUUCUACAUUCAACUUAUCAAACUCGUCAAUCUUUGUAUGAUAUUUAACUAACUUCGAAUUAAACUCCCUUUAGACGUUACUCGAUACGCAGUAUUAUAAUUACGUUACAUUCAACUUUUUCGUUUUAUCAUAAUAACAAAUUACCUUUCUUUGACAAUUAAAUCAUGGUAUGAUUUAAAAAAAAAAACCAACUUAGCUACUAAUAUGUAAUGAUUCAAACAAAGCGUAGGCCUGGGCCUACCAGGUAUAUCCGCUAGACACACCACUGUUACAACUUAGUACAUUUUAUAAAAUAUUACAUUACCUAAUAAAUACAUAAUGUAGGUAAUUGAACUUGCAGAAAUCACGUAAAACGUAUUUAAAUAAUAUAAACGUAGUAUAGUUUAAGGCUUAUGGAAAUUUUUUUAAAAAAAUAGGAAAGAAAUGACGCAAAUUCCAUAAUAUUUGAAAAGUUGUAGAACAACAUUAAAAUAUAACUUGCUAAUAUUGUUUGGAAGCAAUUUUGCUAUUGAAAAUUCGUACGACUUAUAUUUUCUACGAAAGAUAUUACUCUGAUAAAAAACGAGAUCUUUUUUUUUGUGUUUUUAAUUGGCGAGUAUGAAAUUGGUUUUUUGAUUUUUUGCCGAAAAAAAUCGUGAAAGAACAGUUAAAUGUACGAAAAUAAUUAUUUUAUAAUGUUCAAUUUUGUUUCUUUAUCGUAAUUUCGUUAAAAACAUUUGUAGAGACUUGAAAUAUUUACUUUCGUUCGUUUUUUCUGGACUUGGUAAAAUGUUCAAAACAUUUAAGUUAUUUUUGAGUUAUUUAUAGACAUUUUAAUUUUGUGAGUUUUUUACGUAAUUUUUAUUUAGCAGUUACUUUGUGGAUACAAUUGUUAUAUUAAACAGCAAUAAUUGCAAAAUAAACAGGAGGUUCGUUAAAAGUCGUACUACGUGGUAAAAAAAAAAAAAAAAAAGUAUAAUAGGAACCGUCUAUUAUCGUUUAUAUUUUUAAGAAUGAAUAGAGAAACUACGUUAUAAUAAACGUUCGUUUCGCUCUUCAGAACGAAUUGGCCAUUUCAAUCGAAUCGUUUAACGAGUGUUUCGAAACGCUCCACGACCCCGAGCACAAUGCAUAUGCGUAAGGCGCAAUUCACGAAUCAAAAAACGACGACGGUCAUUUCAUCGGAAAACCGUAAUAAGGGCGACAAGAACGAUAGCCGGACGAGACGCGUGAAAACGGCGCGAUUAUUUUACCGGAGAGAAAACUCCGACCGUGGCGACGGGGGUGUGGGUGGUAUUUUGGGGGUGGGGAGAGGGGUGACAUAUUCCGAGAAGACGCGGGUGUCCGGCGGGAGAUCGAUCACCGCGGCGGUCCGUAUAGUAUUUUAUGGGCGCGCGAAACGAUAAAACCGACACGCGGGACGUAUCGACGGACAAAAAGAGCUCACCUGUCGCGAGUCAGCGCCGUCCAGUACGACCGGAUUGUGCGAGGAUCUGCAGCGAUGAUAAUCGCUAACUCUCAUGAUGGCGGACUCGUGACGCCACCGGCACGUCAUGAAAUAUGAAAACCGUGCACCGACGCGACAAUAAUACAACGUCGCGGGUACUCCGUCGGCGCCUAUGCGACCGGUCGUGUUGUACUGCGGCGGCGGACGACGUCUCGGACCGGCACGCGCGACGGACGCGGCGACACAGCGUUCGUAGCUGAUGGUAAUGACAACGAUAACGAUAGUAAUAAUAGUAAUAAUAAUAAUAAUAAUAAUAAUAAUAAUAAUAAUAAUGAUAAUAAUAAUAAUAAUAGUAUCGUCGUCUGUGGAGGACACCUAUCGGCGACGUGUGCGCGCGGGAUUUGCCGACGGGAUUCGCGCGAGGUACACUGGCAGGCGAUCCGCGGUGCCCCGCGCGAGCCCUAGUUUAAUCAAUUGCCGGUUGUGCAUGUGCGUUUGUUUCUUUUGCGCGGCGGCGGCGGCGGCAACGGCGACGGCGGCAGCGGCGGCGGCGGCGGAGUCCCAUAUGCGCCCGACACUUGUUACAACAUCGCGCUCGCGACACCUGUUCAAACGCCUUUCGACGCGCAAGUGUUUCCCGCAGUCCCGCCGCCGCCGCAAGUAUUUUUACGGUCGGGCUUUUACUACAAUCCCCCCCCCACCCCGAAUCGCACACGCGACCGCCUGAAAAGGGAACCGGGGGCGGGGGCGGGGAGACUAAGAUAUCGCGCGCGUUAAAUAAUAAUAUAAAAAAAAACACGUUACGCGAAAAACUCGCGCGUUUCCCGUGCCCGUAUAAUGGCACGCGAAGCGAAUACGGCCGCCGCACCUAUGAUAACAAUAACGUAAUAUUAAUAUCACUAUGUUGACAUUAUAUUCUACUCGUGCGCAAUGUCAUCGUCGCGCCGGCGGCGAUUACAAUAUUUUAUAUUUAUUACAACUUACGGGGUCGUCGUCGUCGUCGUCGUCGUCGUCGGGAAAACGAGAAAAAAACCGAACCCGUGUUUGUACCCGCGCCGUGGCGGCGGUCGUCGUCGUCACCCUCGGACGGCGGUGCUCGCGGCGCGCGACAGUACUGGCGGUGUUUUCGGCGGCGUCUGCGGCGUCGGCGUCGGCGGCGGCGGCGGCGGCGGCGACGGAGGUAAAAGCGCCACGACGAUACUUACUACCGGCGUACACGGUGUCGGGGCGCGUAAUGCCGACGGCGCGGCCGCGUCUGCAAUAGCCGCGGCGGCGGUGCGGUGGCCGCGUUCGUCGGUCGCUGGCCGCUGUCGCGCGGCGCGCGAACCGCGCGUAACGCGCGCCGACGCGGAUGACGGAUAGGACGCGCGUGCACAAGACGCGUUCGCAUUAUCAUUAUUAUUAUUAUUAUUAUUAUUAUUAUCAUCGUUAUAAUUAUCGUUAUUAUUAUAAUUGUUAGCGUUAUAAUUAUCGUUAUCGUGAUAGCAUUAACAGCGGCGAAAACUGCCGGCGCCUCGCCCCCCGCGCGCUCCCGUCCGUCGCGUUAUUAUAUAUUACACGCGUAGGCGGGCGGCCGGUCGGUCCAGACGCAGACACGCCGCCGCCGCCGCCAGUUUAUGUACACGGCACGCGAGUAUUAUUAUUAUUAUUAUUAUUAUUAUAAUAAUGUUAUACCUCUGCCAUUGACAUUGUUAAUUAAAACCGCGGAUUUUAUCAAAACUACGGCCGCAACCAUACGGUCACCGCCGCCGCAAUAAUUAUACACAAUGCUAUUACCUACAUGCCGCGCUAUAAUACAUACGCACGUACCUAUAUACAUACACACGCCGACAAACGCCACCGCCGCCGGUGGGUACUCGCUGCACCGGUGUACCAGUGUAUCUGCCGUGGACUCGCCGACGGUCCUGCACGUCCCGUAUAAUGUACACGAAGGCUUAUAGCGGCGGUGCUUAUCACAAACGUCACAUGCACGAUCAAGCCCACCCUCCCCCCACUCCCCUCCCAGCUAUCCCGUGUACGUAGCAUGCCUUCGAACGUGACAUUUCUCUCUCUCUCUCUCUCUCUCUCUCUCUCUCUGUAUUAUAUCAUAAUAUCGUUAUUGUUAUGAUACACACAUUGCCCAGUUCUAAGCGCGCAUAAUACUCAAGGCCGUAACCGGAAACGGAUUUCGGGGGUGGGCGUGGGACGAUCAAACAUUUUCUCUAACAUAGAUACUGGACACUCGUCAUUUUUACGUUGAAAAUAUAAAACCUCAGCAAAACGAUAAACUUUAUCUCAUUUCAUAUUACCGCUGGAACGAAUAUACAAAAUUAAUUUUUAUACAUUUAUAGCGAAAUAACGUAUAUGGUCACUAGUAAAAUCCGUGUACUGUUGAAAAACGUUGGUGGGUGUGGAUCCGGACCUCUGGAACCUCUUUCCCCUCCACAGCUACGGCCUUGCAUUAAUACUAUUGCGGAGGCCGACGCGGCGCCAUCGGGAUCGAUGCCGAAAUCUCGACUUACCGGCGCGCGAAAUUCGGACUACACCUCGCAGGGCUCAUGCCUUUCGCCAACCGUGUGUUGUAAACACCAAUGAUACGCCGGUCAAGGGAAACGCCGCGGUUUAUCCUUUUGCCGACCACACGAUGUUUACGUCAAACCCGAAUUACGCCGCCGCGCCGGUUCCAAAGGCGAGUAAACCUCGCGGCAGACCGGUUCGACGGACGGGGGAUACAAAUAAAUGAAAACAAUUCGGUGCCGUCAACUCUUUGGCCGGAAGAACAGCAACAAUCGACCGGGCGACGGACGCCAAAUUGUUACGCCGGGUCGUGAACUGUGCAGGCGCAAAUAUUCGCGUACCAAUAACACAAUGCGAAAAUCAGUCGUGCACCCCUACUCGAUGAAAACAGCCCCCCGGCCAGUCGGCUCCGCAAUAUCAAUCGCGGCCACGGCACGUACAUCGUCCCGAUACUUAUACGUCCGCGGGAGUCGCGUGAGCCACCGUCCGUGAAAAAUAGCGAGUAAAUCUUUGUCGGUGUUUUCGGACAUUUCUAACACAAAUCUUUAUCGAAUAGCGGUCAGAAAACGUGGUGUUGUAGACGGAUUGAAAAUGUUGUGUCGAGUUUCAAUAUGAAAUUGACAAUGUCAUCGGUGGCGGGGGGGGGCGUAUGGUGUAUUUUUAGCUCGACUCAUCCCCACAAGCUCCCGUAUUGAAUCUAGGCGGAUGAAAUUAGGUACAUAUAUAUGACAUUAUAAGGGACUGCGUAUUUUAAAGAUGUCGACUUUAAACACCCUCGUACCAUUUUUAUGAUUAAAUCUCGCCGUUUUUUAUUGGUUUUUUUUUUUUUUUAAUUAUUAUCAUAUCGUGCUAUUGUAGUAAAGUGUAAUAUUGUAUCAAUAUACUCACAGAAUUUAAUUAUUUAAAAUUUUGAAAAGAAUAUUUCUAAAAUAGUUGGGAGAAAUGUUGACUCUAGUGACGGUGCUUUGUGCUUAUAACAUGUAUUAACUUUAAUAUCGUUAUAUCUCUUACGAGGACGUCUGCAUGAAGUGGGAAUGCAUUAAUUGUGUGUUACCUAAUACGGGAUCCGUUUUGGAACUGACGUAUUCAUAGAGACGCCGUGAUCCGUUUUAGGAAAACAAGAGCCAAAUUGGCAAUAGCCAUUGGUAAUUGAAGGCUCGAAUCAGGUCUUAAAUAUCGAAUAAAACUUGUAUGAAAUUGAAACCGAAAAAAUUGAUACCGGUAUUAUUGAUCGGAACCGAAACCAAGAAAAAACAAAAAAAACAAAAUUACCAAAUAACUUUGCAAGAUGGGUGCACUGUUGUAGGUGAGAUGUUGGGAAGGUAGAAUAAAGAGGGGAAUUUACUGCAUAUCUGCACGUAAUAAUUAAUUAUUGCUAACGAAAAACGAUUCUGAGCGGAGUUUGGUUAUACAUAUAUUUAAGUAUUUUGAAAGGCCGUACAUUUAUAAUUUUCGUCAAGUUUUAUUAUUAAAGUUCUUGACUAAAAAAAAUGUUGCGUUACAUUCAAUUUUGUUUUUCGACCACAAAGUACGACUAAUAAUGAACCCCCUGUUAAAUGUUUACACAUUUCUGUUCGGUCUAACAAUUUUACGCACAGAGUAUGUACCUACUGAAUAAAAAUUACGUUAAAAAAAAAUCGCAAAAUGUCUAUAAAUAGCCGAAAAAUGGCUAACACGUUAUGAAAAUGUUAUCACGUCUAGAAGGAAAAAAUAAGUUGUCCGUCCAAAUUUCUCUAUAAACAUUUUUAACUGGAUUUCAACAAAACAACAAAAUUGAAAAUAAUAAUAAAAACAGUUUUUUCACGGUUUUUCCCAAUUGUCAUGAAAACCACUUGGAAAAUAUAAAAUUAAUAAAAAAAAAAAAAAGGAUCUCUUUAGCGUACCGCCCGGAUGAAACUUCCUUUCGGAAAAAUGAACGCUAUGCUCGGCACAUCCGAGCGAGAUUUCUGGUAGGAAAGCGGUUUUGUAGGAAGAAAAAUAAUACUAAACUUCGGUCGUGAAACCGACGCAUUCCCCGCUGCGCUAAACGUCCCGAAAACGGUUCACGGUUCCGAACCCGGAUCCGUUCGACCGACAUUCGUUUGCCAUCGGCCGUCCGGCCAUUUCAACCCGUUCGCCGGCGGUCCGUUUCCGUUUAGAACGCACAGCGUCGUCCGUACCCGCCCCCCCCGCGCCUACACGUCACACUGAUAUGAUCGCGGGGUCCCGAUGUUCGAGUGUUCGAAUGCGUUCUGCGGGAGUUCGCCGCAGCGCGAAGUGUGUCACGGCGUUUGAACGCGAUUACCUAAUUCGGUAAACAUAAAUACACGCGGGCGCGCGCGAUGAGUCAAAAUCAACCGACCGAAACGCGUUCGGCACACGCGUCGUGCACGGGCAUCGCGAUAUUCGUAAAUUGACGCGGCGCCCGCAGUAACGGUUAAUUGAUUUUUUUUUUUUGUUUUUUUUUUCUCUACGUGUCGCUGCAGUAUAUUAAGCGCCGUCGCAUGACACGCAGAAGGCGCGCGACCCCCGAACCCCACCCCCAUCCCCCACCCGCCGCUCAUAGGCGUACGCGAAAAUGCAAACUGAAUAUUACCGAGGCGUUUCAAGUAGCGUAUAUUGAAUUGCACAUUGUGUUCCGUAAUGUUUGGAAAUUGUCGCAUGUGUACAGCGUGCAGCGCAACGCCCGUGCGCCGGCGAUAUCGCCACGUCCCGACAAACGUGUUUCGUGCGUUCGCGGGUCUUUUGCGUGCCCGACAAUUGUUUCGACGAAGCGCGUUUGGACCGGGAACGUUUGGGCCAGGGUUUAGUGGACCCGAUCGGACCACAUACUUUUAAACGUCUAUAAAGGCUCGCCAAAUAAACGUCCCGUUUAACUGCGGAAACUGAUUAUUAAACUAGGCGAUAAGUAAAUUGUUUGGAUUUGCAUACAAAUUUAGUUUUGAAACGUACCGCAAAUCCAGUUGUACUAAAUGUAUACCUAUAUUUAUAAUAUUUAUGCAACAGAUAUCCGUGUAUCAAGGUCUUUAUACGCGAUAAGACAACGCGGAUGAAAUACCACUGUGUGUAUCGAUAAAUAAACUUUCACUUGAACUAAUAUACAAGGAAAAUUCUCGUCCGAACUGGCUGUAUAAAAGUAGUGAUUUUCGGCCCAAACGGGUCUUCAAAUUUGGCCCGAACGGGUUGUGUUUCGGAACGUUUGGUUCCUCUCGAAAUCGACCGGGGCACGAUCCGUUUCGCUCAAACUCGACCUUACCAUUUCACCGAAAUAUCCGUUAUGCCCAAAUAAUAUGGUCUAAAAACGCUUGUUUUUUUACAAAUGCAUACCUAGUUGUAAUUCACCAGGUCCAUAAAAAACUAUACGUUUUAGAUUCGGAGCGUAGUGAAUAUAAUGUAUUGGUUUUUCAAUGGCGGUUUUUUUUUCUGUGGACAACUUUUCUACAAGCAAUUUCGCUCUGAUUUUCAAGUAUAUCAAUUUUUCUGAAAGGAAAUCUGACUAUGGUGAUACUUUAAGGACGUCUUUUUUUUGGUUUGCUUGCAAAAACGGAUAAAAAAAAAUGUAUUAUUUUCAAAUCGUAAACAUUAAGGCUUUUUAAAACAUGUAUAACCAAACUUCGCUCAGAACCGUUUUUCGUUAGUAAAGAUUAAUCGUUGAGUACAAAAAGUGUAUAUUGUUGAUAUGUUCAUUAAAUUUCCCUCUAUAUCCUACCUUUUCAACUUCUCAUUUACAACAGUGGUACACCUAUUGUGCGAAGUAUGUCUGUUUUUAAAAUUACAUUCUUGUUUUUACUUUGUUUUUUUUUUUUAUUUGGGGUUUUGGGGGGGGGGGGGGUAGUGGGAAUUUCAAUGCUACACAUUUGUAUAAAAUAAUAAAACAAUAAUUUUCGAUAUACAUUUUUAAAUAAUGUUCGUGUGUUUCAUCGUUAACGUUUGGUAACUUAAUUUUAAAAUGACUAAAAUGAGUUUGGGCAAAACGGGUAUAUGGACGAAACGGGAUAGGUCAAAUUUAGGCGAACCGGGACCCACCUUAAAAUAUCACACGUUAGAAUUAUCCAUAAUUUGAAAUAAACCGUACACGAAACGUCCUCGUUGAAAAGAUUACAAUUAAGUUGUAGCUAAUUUCAACGUGGAUAUUUCAAGGGUACAAGGUAAUUAUUAUUUGGUGGCAUAUUUAUACACCCGAAUGAGAUAUUUUUAGUUUUUUCUACUCCACCUCGGGGGGUAAAAAUCUUUGUCGGUUAUGUACAGUUAUAAAAACCAAAUAUACGUUUUACAACUUGUGGUAUAUACAUAACGUUGACAAAGACGACUUAUGAAAAGAAAAAAAAAGUGCCACGUCGCAUUAACGUCCAAUAGUAACUACAGAACGGUUAUUAAAGCACCAACGGCUCAGUUAAUUACAUCGUUUCAACGUCCAACAAUGUUAAGCCUUAAGCAGGUGCGGGGGGGUCUAACUGGCCCCCAUCAAAAAUAAAAACUUAUGUAUUGCAUAAAUUAUAAUAAUAAUAUAAUACUGUUUUGAAUUUAUUUUAAUCUUAUAUUUUUUACUAUAAAAUUUUUAUCCAUAUAGUAAUUUUUGUGUCUAUGAAUUUUUUUUAAAAAAAGUACAUUUUACAAUUGCGUAGGUAAGAUAUUUUUUUGGAGGUGAUUUUCGUGUUUAUACAUAACUUUGUAACCUAAUUGUGCGCAAACACAACAUAUAUAGAUACCUAAUAAUUAUCUAUGCGUAAUACAAUACUACAUCUUGUAGAAAUCUGAUGCAUAACUGUAUAUAGUAAAAAAUAUAACUGUCGUAAAUAUAAUCAAGGAGGGUGUAGGUGUUUGAACACUUAAACACUGUCCUCCCCCCGCUACACCACUGAUUCUAUACAUAUUUUACGUUUUUUCAGAGUUUUUUCACUAAGUUCUUAUAGACCCCCGCGCGACUGUGAAAGUUAAAAAGGCAUUCGACUGCUUAAGGGUUGGCGGCUCUGUAAAAUAUUAUCGGGAAUUAAACCUGUAUAACUCGUAGAUUCAAUUUCGGUUCUGUAACUUUCACGGCGUGUCCAGGAAUUUUCAAUGGGAGGUGAUGUAACAAAAAAAAAAAAUAUAAAGUAAAAAAGAGUAAAACGGUCUUUUCUACUCAACUCGAACACGUAAAUUGGUAAUUUAAAAGCAGGAUUCUAAAAAAAAAAAAAAUCAAUUUCUAAUCAAUACAUCGAGCUUUUUCUCCGAAAUUUAUGAGUUUCGGAUUUAUUCAUAUUUUGUUGUAUUUUUAAGCCAAUGAGGGGGGGGAAGGGAUAUAACCCCUAACCUUCCUCCGCCUUGGGCACGCCGCUAAGAAUCGUCUGGUGGCGUUUUAUCAUUUACGUACACUUAAUACCGUUAUGACGCGCUUAUCGCAUUGUGCCACUCAGAGCCGUUUUAUAACCGUAUACCGUACGUAAACAAUAGUUAUGCAGGAUCGUCAGAAUGCCUAUUAUCGAUUUACAGGCCGGUUUUCGUGCAACCCGCUCGCUGAAUAUUACAACGCAUUACAUUGUAUACGCACGAAAUUGAUUUUUCCCAACGUUUUUUUUAAAUUUUCAUUCGUGUUUCCGGAACGACAGUUGCGUGACGCACCCGAUACACUGCAAUUAUUACGGGCACGUCCACACACGUGUGUGUAAGGGAACGACUAAAAACGGGUUAAGAUUUUUAAGUUUACACACACACACACACACACACACACAUACACAUACAUACAUACGUGUAUAUAUAUAUAUAUAUAAUAUAAAAGUAUAGCCGUCGUUCAUUUGACACGAGCGGCGUGUGCGCGGCAUAUAAAACACACAUGUCGGACGGAAAAUUUGCAACGUGCCGCGGCGUGCAUGCGGCAGCAGCUGCGCGUUACAGAGUAUAACAAUAUACGGCCGCCGCCGCCACCAACACCGUCACCAUCACCAAGGUCGGAGGGGAGGGGAUGGUGGAGGAGGAGGAGGAGGAGGAGGAGGAUGAGGGGGAGGAGGGGAGAGCUUUGUACUUUGGAAUAUUGUCGCAGUCGAUUCGGGGCGGGAGGUGUUGCGGCCCGAAAAGUUCUGGGCACGGGCGAAAACGAAAAACGCCGGUAAUCCCGGCGAUAAAACCCGCCGAUACACUGCAUAAUUGCUCCGCGGUAUAGGCGCCACGCCGUUUUUAGUGCACACUGUUAGGUUGUUGAAAACGAUAAAAAUAUUAUUUCGCGCAAGAUUAAAUAGCUACGCGCGGAGAAAUGCCGGCGUGCUUUGCGCCGUGGCGAUAGUUUGUGGGCGUGCUAGCCGCGCGGGCGCGAAGUCGGAACGGCGAAAAUGGCGGGACGUAUAGGGUGACUUGUUAAUUUGUAUCUGUGCGCAACGAUGGAUGGUCGGUAACACGAAACGGACACCGUGGUGUACCCAAUAAAUUACUCAAUUCGCUCGGAACUCGUGACUAAAACGCACGUCUACAUUUGUACAAAAUCCGUAUGUUACGAGACUGAAAGUGUUCUAUUAUUCAAAAUAUACAGCUCGAUAUAACCGACACAAAACCUUUCUUAUUUUUUUUUUUCAUUUUUUAAAUAACUGUAACUCUUUUAACGGUUCACAAUUCGAAAAACACGUAAAACGUUCCCCCCGAAGUAUAGUUCUCAACACAUUUCAUGAUAAGUACUUUUACUCUAAAAUCAAAAUUAUGCCAGUUUUACUUGUCAGAACAAGCGUGAGCACUGUUUUCGCAUGUUAUCCGGUAGUUGGACUGAAACAGAAGAUACGGGUAUAACGUUCUCUUAAGCGCAGGCUAAACGAUAAUGACCUUGUAUUUUUUUAAAAAUAAUACCGUAAAAACCGUAUAAAAAUCAAUAGAUCACAGUAGAACUUGAAACACGUAUCAAAAUCGGUAUUGAAGGUAAGUGGGUUGUCCCGGUUAAUUUAUCAUGCGAACAUUUCACCUCGGUUACAAUUCUUCUCGGGUAUAAUUAACAUCGGAUGCAAUUUACAACGAGUAAAGUAUAAUAUUUUUUUUGUAUAUUAUGGUAAAAGUAUUUAGUACGGUAAAAUAAUGUUCAAAUUAAUUGACAAUUUUUAGCAGUAUGGCAGUUAACAUUGAAAUGUCUAUAAAUGAUUCAAAAAUGACUCAAAUGUUUUGUAAAUUUUAUCACGUCCAGAUAAGGAAAGUAUAAGAUUCUUUUCAGAAUUUCAAGCCUCUACGAAUAUUUUCAAUUUAAUCGCAACAAAAAAAACGGAAAUAUUUCGCACGUGGGUGGACCACUGUUAUAGGUGAAAAGUUGGGAAGGUAGACGGAAAAUUUAAUGUAUAUCUGUACGAUUAACCAUUCUCAACGAAAAAAGAUUCUGAGCGCAGUUCGGUGAAUAGCGUUACUUUGUCAACAAUAUAUACGUGUAUAUAUGUCAUAUUAUGGUAAAAUAAUUAUAUUGCAUUGCAUAUGCAUUAUAUAUAUAUUUUUUAAUAAUAUUUAUUUAAUGUUGUUUUCCCGUAUUUUUCCGUAUUUCCAAUGUAUUUCCUGGUUUUUCCCAUAUAUUAUGAAAACAGCUGAGAAAAUAAAAAAUGGCCUUUUUAAAGUACCACCCCAGUCAGAUUUUCUUUCAGAAAAAGUACUAUCAUUGUAAAUCGGAGCAAAAUUGGUUGAAAAGUUGUUCACAGAUGAAAUAAAUAAAAAUAAACAUCAUUGAAAAACCAAUACAUUCGCUUUGCUCAGAAUCUGAAUUUCAAAUUUGUAAAUAAUAAAAGAAUUAUUUUCGUAAAUUUUCCCGUUCAUUCUAUGUUUUUUUCUGGAAAUUUCAACUUUUAACCAUUUUAAACAAUUAAAUAAGCGUCAAAUAAUUAAGUAUUAUUUUUAAUGUGUAGAGUAUUCUUUAUUUCGGUAACUGCGUCAAUUAAAUUAAUUUUUAAAAAACUAUAAGUUAAAAUUACGUUAAAAACGAAUUAUGCACGAACUCAGAAUCUCGACUUACUCUAACUUGGUGAAUUUUCUAAUUAGAAAAAAAUUGUUUACACAAAAUUAUUUGACAAGAAAAAAAAAUACUCGCAUCCGUUGAAAAAAAAUAAUGGUGUUGCUGUUAAAAAAAAUGUAAGUUGUGUUGUGCAUGCGCAUACCGAAAGAUUUAAUAAAAGAUAAUAACGUCGGGCGAUACCCAUGACAUAAUACAAUAACGAUAUUAACGUGUUGGAUUUUUCGAUUUGGAGAUGACAGUUAAAAACAUCAUUCGAAAAGCAUUAAAAUAUAAAUAUAAAUUCAAUAUAAUAUUACAAUUAUGUUUUUAUUAUUUUUUGACACGAGCCGCAUUUGACUUUAUUUUCCAAUGUGGCUGGAGCCGCGUAAAAAUAAGUCACGGGCCGCGUGUUUGACAAUGUGCUUAGGCUAAAGCGUGGCAAACUUUUGGCAUUUUAAGCCGUACAAGAAGUAAUAUAUCAGCGAUCGAUUCGUGGCGAAAAGAAAAAAAUAAAUAAAUGUUACAAUAACUAUAAUAAUAUUAUUUAUCUAGGUAUACGCGAGCAUUCAAAUAAUUUAUAUUCAACAACAUUAAACGUGUACCGUUUGUGUAUAGAUGAAAAAACAUUUAUGUACAGAGUGAUUAUUUUAAGUGGGAAUACUCGAUAUUUCAAAAAGUAUUAAAUACUAUACCUAAAUACCCCCUGUACCUAAACUUAAAAUUGAAAUGUCUUGCCAACGGUUCAACAGAAAAAAAAAAAAAAUAACGCCGAAAUUUAUUUUAAUUUCAUCUAUUUAUGGCAUUUGCAUAGAAAUUGUCUUUUGAUAAUCAAAAUUAGACGAUUAUUUCGCACACAAAAGUAACGGUGACGAAAAAUAACAAUAAUGAAACAUUUUUAGAGCUGCUCGCAGUUUCUUAAAUUUUCAAAAAAUUAAAAAUAAAAAAAAUAAUGAAAAAGUCAAUACUUUUCGAAACAUCGAGUGUAGUCAGUUAAAUUGAUCACUCUGUAUACAAGUGUAAUAUUAUAGAGGGCACUUUGAACUUCCAUCGGUAUUUUUCUGGGUUGUAUAAUAAACCCCCAGACGGGAUAGAAAAUUGUUUUUUUUUUUUUGUUUUUUAAUCAAUAUAACGUUCACCGAAGUUAAUUAAUUUUUUAAAGCGGUCUCGACAGUUUUUUUUUUUUAAUAAACAUUUGCUGUUAUUUUAACUUAAAACGUUCUAAGCGUUUUCCGUUCAACGAGUAAAUUGAUUAAAAUACCAGACAUAUUGUAAUAACUGCAGUAUUACGGUGUAUGCGCAAUGUGCGUUCGCGGGAGUCUGAAAAUCGACAUAUUUUGUUUUCUUCUAUUAUCAGGCCCGGAUUUAUAGAAUCCUCGGAGAGAAUAGUAAUCACGAGUUAUAAAAACGCACCUUUUCAAAUACAUGUUAUAAAUAUAUUAAUUUUUUUAUCUUAAUCAUCCUUUCCAAUACAGAGUAGGUCCUUUGUUUACACAAAAUUGUACGCAUUUAUGAUAAAUUUCACUUAGCCAGUAAUUAUAUGGAUCCACAAUAUUAUAAAGAUGAGUAAUUUACAUUAUAAUACUAGGAAAUACUCGUACAAUCAGACUUUACAGAAAUGUGUCUCAUUUGCAACAGUUGAAUCAAUAUUACCAUUACUACCUAUCUGAAAAGUUUUACAAACAGUGGGUAAACAUUUUAAUCCUACAUUGAACACGUACAUAAAAUAAAAAAAUGGAAAAUGAACAUUAAAUUACGUUUUACGGGAAUAUAUGAGAGGAGGGGUUUGAAAACAAAACUCCCUGAAAUUUUGUCAUUUUAGAUUAGUUAUAAAUUACAAUAUUGUAAUAAAAUUGUUCAUUUACAACCCUCUUCUCUACCCGAAGUUAUUUUCCAGUAACGACUUUGCAGGAAACCAAACAUGCCCGUUUCAACCAUGUACAAUAAUUUUCGGUUUUCUUUUGUUAAGGCUAACGAAUGAGCCAAAUUGUUCAAAUAAGAUAUCAACAUGCUUCAGAGUAUGCUUAUAAGCAUAAAGCGAAUGUAAAAAUUACAAUUUUAAGAAGAGGGCACCGAAAUUGACCUCAUAGUUUUGACGUUCCUGUCUCUUGCACCUUACAAUAAAAAGAUUUAUAUUCAUCGGUAAAUAUUAUAAAAAGCCCGUAACAAAUGUAUAUUAAUAUUUAGCGUAGUUUGUAAUGUAUUGCUCUUGACAUUUAAUUCUGACGAAAACGGUGGCCACAAAACCAAUUUCCCAUGUGUCAUCCGUGCAAACGUUUGUGAUGACACUGAGCUGAACAAAUAAUAUUUUCUGCAAAUAAUAUAUAAUAAUAUGUAUGUAUAUAUGUAUAUAUGUGUGUAUGUAUGUAUGUAUGUAUGUAUGUAUGUAUGUAUGUAUGUAUGUAUGUAUGUAUGUAUGUAUGUAUGUGUGUAUAUGUUUGUGUGUGUACAGGGCCGGCCUUAGGUUUUUGCCGCCCUAACAAAUCUAAUUUUUCGUUACCCAUCUUCAAUAUUUGAUUUUUGGAGAGGAAGGGGAUAUAUAAAUAGAAAUUCGUUUUUUAAAAUGUUAAUCCGCGUUUUUUUUAGAAAAGAAAAGAAAAAAAAAACGUUUUGAGUGACCUACAAAAUAUAAAAAUAAUAAAAAUACAAAUAAAUGUUAUAUGAGUUUAUAUGGAGUCAUGUUUAUAAUCGAUAUUAUACAGUACUUAUACACUAUCAUACGUAUGGAAGUACUUACUAAAUUAGGCAUUAAAAAAAAUGUGACUACAAAAUUAAAAAAAAAGGCACAUAUAUUAAGCACAAUGGGUGGACCACUGUUAUAGGUAUGGAAUUGGGUAAGUAGAGCGGAAAUUUAAUGUAUAUUUGUACGCGCAAAUGAUUAAUCAUUGCUAACGUAAAAUGAUAACAAUUAAACGAUACACGGUGAUGGGCAGAAUCUAUAGACAUAUAGUUUGAUUAUACUAUUUAGUCUAGCAGACAGUUCCAUACAAUUUUUUUUUUAAAGAAUUCACAUGUACUGUGCUUGCGUCGUGUUCCUUUACUAUAUUGUGUACGUUUUUCUAAUUGUCGCAUCCAAAUUUCGUAAAUGCAUAACUAUCGCAAAUCGACAUAAUUUUCGCAACUGUAUUUGGUAAUACAAGAAAUUGCAUUUCGUGGAUAUUUUGAGAACGAAUCUAGUAUGAAUAGAAAACAUUUUUUAGAGCUAAUGCAUGUCCCAUAAAUCAGCAAAAACAAUUCGGUAUCGUUCCAAAAUUACCAAAUACCUCGUAUCAGCCACACUUUUGAGGCUGAAUCUCGAGGUAAACUAUAACUUUUCCCAAUAAACGGGAUAACUAACUAACGGAAACAUUUUUUUUUUUUUCAAAUCGAACUGGAUUUUAACGCUUUCAAACAUACAAAUUGUUCAGGUUUAUACAUUAGCAAUAGUAUCGAUGCUUUUAUAUUUUGCAGAUUAAUUUACCAUCUGAUCAAACAAUUUGUAUAAUAUUCGAUAAAACAAUAUGAAUUCGCCCACGGGUGGAUGAGGGGAUACAGAUGUGGGUAUAAGAAAAACGCUCGUAAAUGUAUUCAUUUUUUAAUAAUUUUGUUUUAAUAGGUACUCAAAUGCGCUUCCAAUCGAAAAGGAAAAUUACACUUACGCUAUUAAAAUCAUCACUUUUCUGUUUUUAAUUUCUUAUCGGUAUUACGUACAUCACGCGAAUUACGCACCAGGUAAGUUGAAAUCCACGCAAAUUUCACAGCUGUUCGUUAUUGUGUCGCGGUAACGAAGACGCGCUUUGAUUGAACCGGACCGACGCCCCGGACUGACGUCACCGGACCAAAGUGACAGCAUCGCCGAUAACGAGCAUCUUGAUGGCGGCGACGAUGCGGAUGGGCCGCGGAAAUUACUGGCGCGGUUGCGGUCUGCUCACGUUGUGUCUGAUAAUGGCCACCGCGUUACCGCGGGUCGUCGCUGAUCCGGAUGAUGAUGACGUUUACCGGCUGGUCCUGUUGCACACCAACGACAUGCACUCGAAUUUCCACCAGGUCGACAAGUACGGCACACCUUGUUCGGCCAAGUCCGCCGACGUUACCAAAUGUUACGGAGGUUUCGCGCGCGUCAAGACGGCCGUCGACAACGAGCGCAAAAACGCCGAGAACGCCGUCCUGUAUCUGGACGCGGGAGGUUCGAUCCGAAACACGGCGCCCCACACUUAUUUUAAGACAAAGUCCAUGGCCGAUUUGAUGAUGAAACUCAAACCGGACGCCAUGGUGAGUGUGGUGAGGUGAAAACGAAUUGUCGGUAAAUUUACCACCGGCAAAAUGUAAACGUAAAUUUCGGUGAACGCGGUAAAUUUUUUACUAGAAAUAAAAUACACGUAUUGAUACGAAUACGAAAUAAGUAUAAAAUAUAAUAAACAAUGGAUAGCAUGGAGUAGCCUUUGUUGAUUUUUUUUUUUUUAAUAAAGCAACUCGAUUAAUUUCUAGCCUUAAUCCUUGGAAGUAAUUGUGCAUGGCUAUAUUAGUCUCGCUAAUUUUAAACUUUGUGUUUGAGUAUUCCAAUCUGAUUGUUAUAAAAUAUUAAUUUGAAACUUAAACGACUAAGAUAUUAAACAUAUAAUAGAUUGCACAGGUGAUAACAUAUAACACUAAACAGUUUUUUAAAUUUUGAAGUUUUUAACAUUUAAAAUGUUUUAUUAGUGCAAGAAUUUUACGAUUUAAAAUAUGAGGAUAAGUAUACAAAUAUUGUCGUGUUAAUAUUGUACUUGAUUUCAGUCUUUGGGAAGUAAAGAAUUUAAAGACGGAUUGGUCAAUAUUAAGAACUUCAUACACGAUAUAAAAAUACCGAUAGUGUGCAGUAAUAUUGAUGUCUCGGAGGAACCGCUAUUAAGCACCGAGAAAAAUUUAAUGAAAUCAAAAAUAAUUAAAAUCAAAGGCCGUAAAAUCGGAAUUAUCGGAUACUUGACACCGGAAACCCAUAAUGGUGCAAGUGAAGUGAGUAUCGAUACAAACUGAAUGUUUUGUCCACCAAUGUAAAUUUGUCUGACCUACAAACGCCAGGUUGUGUAAUUAUUAUACAUAGUGACUAUAUCAUCAAUUUACAUAUUUCUGGCAAUUAAUCCAACCCUGCCUUUUAACAUUUUAGAUUCUGAGCGUAGCGAGGGUGCUAUUGGUUUUAUAAUGUUUAUUUUUCGUUAUUUUUUGUUUUUUUAUAGUCUGUGGACACGUUUUUUCUUAGAACCCUUGCUUCAGUUUUCACGUGUAGUAACUUUUCUGAAAGCUCAAGUUAUCUAGAUGAUACUUUAAAGAGGUUAUUUUUUUUAUUUUUGAUACUUUUUUUUAUUGCAUUUUUGAUUUACUUUCUUACGUAUCAUCGCCAAAACGUUUGAGUCACUUUUGAGCUUUCAAGGAAUUUUAAUUUUACCUUUUAUUAUUUUAUUUAAUAAAAGUUUUGAAUCAAAUUUAAACGAAAAUCGCAAAAAAACAUUAUGGCAAUUCAAAUUAUGUAUUACCGAACUGCGCCCGGAAUCGUCUUUAGUCAAAAAAUGGUUUAUCGUUGCUUACAUAUAUAAAUGAAAUAACCUUAGUUAUCCUACCUUCCCAACUUCUUACCUCCAACAGUGGCCGCUCCUAUCCCCAGUAUCAGCUCUUUUUUAAAUUUUUGAUACAAUUUUUAAACAAGAUUUUAUUUUUAAAACGAUUUUUGUUUUUGGUUUUAUAUUUACGUACCUAUGUCCUAUUAACGUAUUAUACGACUGGUAUACCUCGUUUAACUUGUAUACCAUUAAUUUUAUGAAUUUAUACAAAUAAUACAAAUAAUUAUCCUCCAAUACAGGUUAAAUAGAAAAAUAUGUACCUAAUUUAAUUUUUGAAAAUUCGUCCUCUCCCCUUGGGUGAUUUCUGGAUCCGCUAUUGAACUCUGUGAUACAUAAAUUCUGUGUUUCGAUUUCUUGACUACCAUAGAUAAUACGUACAUUAUCUAUGUUUACUACCAUCAUUGUCAAUUUUACGACCAAUCAGGGGACAAGAGUUUCGUAUCGGACGUGAAAACAUAUAGUUUCACGUCGGUCAUGGAAAUAGCCACUGCUAUAGUUUUACCAUAAUAAAAUAAAUAAUAAUAAUAAUAAUACAUUUUUUCGACCAUAAAAACAAUUUGUACAUGUCUAAAGUAUUAAUAAUGCCCAACAAUAACACAUAAUUAAUAAAUUAAAAAUAAAAUUGAAUUUGUAUAAAAAUUCCUAUUUGCCUGGACUUCUGAAUUGUGGAGGCCCGGAGCCAAGCGCCCAAUGGCCACCUUCAAAAUCCGGGCCACUGUAGAUACUAAACCAAAUUAAAAUUGUAUUUUUGUGAAUUUCCAAAAUAAAUUAGUGUUUUUAAUGGUCGAAACAUCUUAAUAAAAAUAUGCUUUAUACAAUGGUUUGAAUUACACGUUUUGAAUAUAACAACUCUAAAUUUAUAUACGUAGUACAUGGGAAACGUGAAAAUAAAACCGGAAAAAGAGGAAAUCCAAAACGAAGUCAACUAUUUGAAAAGUAAUGGGGUUAACAUCAUCAUAGCACUAGGACAUUCCGGUAUAGAAACAGAUGAGAUGAUAGCUAUGGAAGUAAAAGAUAUCGACGUUGUGGUUGGCGGAUAUAGUUGUACAUUUCUAUACAAAGGUAAAUCGCGGUAAUUACUAUUCCACUAAAAAUAUUAUAUCGUGUUGUCUAUUUGUUAUAAAAAAGUGGUAUACCUAGUAUACAAAAGCCUUUAAUAAAUAUAAUUACUUUCACGUAUUAGACUAGCAUAAUAUAAAACAAAAUGGACAGAAUAUACACGAUUAGACGUAAUAUUGUGGUACUAUACUUACUAAAUACACAUAUACCUUUCGUAUAAUCUUAUCGAAUUCUCACUCAAUUAUAUAAAUUAACUAAAUGCUAUGAUUUUCUAGAUACUUUAGUUUAUCCCUGUAUCUUGUGGAUUUUCCACAAUUUCGCUUAUUGACCCACGUGGAUCUUCGUUCCGUUGGACAAUUCCGUAACAGGGCCGUCUUUACUUUAAAGUUAGACUAAGACUCGUGCAAAACAUUUUGAUUGUCAAUUGGAACGUUUGGAACUCCAGAUUCAAUGGUUCAAUAAUAACCUCUUUCUGUUUUUCAAGUAGUAGUCUUCUGUCUCUUAAAGGGGCCCGGUCUUUCGGAAAUACUGUAGUUUCACAUAUGUUUUUAUAACGCGCUAAACCAUUGCUGGUAUUAUUCUCUAUUCAGUCCGUUUAUUCCACGAGUGGAUCAUACAUUAUUGGCCUUACGUGUGGUUUUAUACCGGGAGCUCGGUCAUGAGGGUCAUUUGCUUACGGUUUAUCCGUAAGCAAAACAUCGAGAAGAAUUAUAAACAAACCGUUGAUGUAUAUAAUGAAUAGCUGUACAAAAUAUAGAUCUAUUAGAAUUCAAAAGGUCUAGUGUAACAGGUCCUCCUCGCAGUGUGUAAUCUUUAUUCCUUAUGUUUUCUACGAAAUUAUCGUACAAAAGUUAAUGCUCAGGGUUGUAAUCUGAUAAAGUAAUAUUCACCCCUUCGCUACGAGCACUACCUUUACGCAUCACACUUAAUUGGACAUAUAUCUCAAAAACUAUAGUAGUAUAAUUAAGUAUACAUAUCCUACCAUCGUCACCUAUGCAAAUAAUUUCACCUUCCUUUCAACUUUAUUAAUAAUAGGUAAAAUGCCGAACAUCGACGAACCAUACGAUUCCUACCCAGUUUGGGUAGAGCCGCCAAGCGAUUCAUCUAUUUUUUGGUUCUUCGACUAUUCAAUUCCAAAAAGUGUUCCCAUAGUGCAAGCGUUUCGUGAUACAAAAUACUUGGGCAAGUUAGUGUUAGAGUUCGACAUGGACGGCAACGUAACCUCAGCUGAAGGAAAUCCAAUUUUAUUGGACUACACAAUCGAACAAGGUAUAACGGAUAUUAUAUAUUUACUUGAAAAAUUGUUAUAUGGAACAGUAAAUAUGUUUUAAUAAAAAUUAGGUAACUGCAAUAAUUAAAAUAAUUAUUUGGAUAGAUUAAAGAUAUAGAGUGCAUAAAGCUAUUUAAUUUAACUGCACUUAUUACUUAGAUAAUAGUUUUACGCGUUUAAAUUUAUAAUUUCUUGUUCAAAAUAAACCGAAAGACAAAUAAUAUAAGUAUGUGUGUGAUUAAUAGUGUAACUACGAACAAUUUAAUUAUAGACCCUGAUUUAUUGAAAUACUUGAAAGAAAUGGAAGAAUCAAUCGAAAAAUUGACCUCGAGUGUGAUAGGUUCAACGAGUGUAGUUUUACAAGGCAGCAACAGAUUCUGCUGGACGCAAGAAUGUAACUUGGGCAAUUUCGUAGCGGACGCAUUCGUAGCUCAUGUGAGUUAUUAUAGAAUUAUUUUAAUUAUUAAAUUAUCGAUGAAUAAAAAUACAAGCAAUAAUUAAAAUCGUGGACUUGUUGUGUAUAGAAUGUCCGCACGAAUAUGAAAUCGUUCGAUUUGACCCAACAAUGGACCGACGCAUCGAUAGCGUUUCUACAAAGUGGUGUUAUUAGAUCGAACAUAGGUCCUACGAAUCCUGCGGGUGAGCGAUACACUAGAUGCUGCAGUGUCAAAUACAAAUACGACGUUAUCAUUCUUACUAUCCAAGAUGGGUUGAAAAUAAUGUCGGGGACAUAGAGUAACAUUGAGACGCCGUGGCAUAUCUCGGCGAUUGUAUACAAAUGAAAUCGUGCCGGUUUUGUUUGAUGGCAUCUUACUAUUCUAGGCGGUACACACCACUAGAUUGCAGCGUAAAUAAUAACAAGCAAUCGAGUUUAUCAUCGAUGAUAAUAAUAAUUAAAAUAUGAUGAUAAAAACAUAGACUUUAUCAUGACGGAGUGGCUUGAAAAUUUUUACCGGGCAAAUAUAUAUGUUCAGGCCACUUAAAUUUUUACUAUUCCUUGAUAUCAUAUUGAUAGCUGUGUACCUAAUUACAAUUUUUUGUUUUAGAGAAGUAUAAAAAUACAUUUGUAUCACACACAAUUGUAGAAAAUGUCAUCACCGAAUUAAUAUAAUUAACAUUCUUUUCAUAGUAUCCACCAUACAUAUUUGUUCUUUUUUUUUUUUUAAAAAGUAAAUAUUUCAGCCAAAUACUCACUAUAAGACACUACUGUACAAUUUCUAUGGUCAGUAUUAAAAAAAGACAUACUAAGAUAAUGGGGACAGAUACAGCCACUAAUAGAUAAUUUAAUUUAUAAACGAUAAACCAUUGCUUACGAAAAAACGAUUCUGAACAGAGUUCAGUUGAUAGUGAUGCUUUGUCAACAGUAUAUAUGACGUUUUACCGAUCACAAUUGACAUCAUUUUCGUUUCUUUUUAAAUAUCGCGGAUAACAGAAGUUUUAUGUUUGUAUGAAAAUCACUUUAAUGACUUGCAAAAACAUUUUAUUUGUAUUUUUCUGUAUAUUUUCAUUAUUAUUAUUCCGAUAUUCCAUAAUCAUUAUUCUAUAAGUAUUCCGAAGGUUUCAAUUUAUAACUAAAAUUAAAAAUAAAACUGCUUAUCAAAGCUAACACAAAAUUAACACAGAGGAGAUAGUCGCGAGUUCCCUAGUAAUAUAAAGUGGGUAUUCAGUAUCCAAAUUGAAACCAAAAUGUGCAUCUCAACCAUGAUAAACCACGAUCUUAUAAGACCAUGAUAUAAACAAAUUAAUCAAAUUCCGAUUAUGAUAAGAAUGCUAUAUGAUAAUAUGAACAAUGUUGUGAUAAAAAUAAUGAAAAAAUGAGAACGUUGUAUAUCUAUCUGUAACAUAAUAUAGGGUGAUUUAUUUCUUAUCACAAAUCAGCAACUUUCUUGGAGAAUUUUAAGUAAAUUUGAUUUCUGUUUUUUUUUUUUUUUUUAUUGGAAUCAUUUAAACUUUAUUUUAAAUACUUACCCCUAUUCCAAAUGCCAUAAAUAAAUAUACAAUUUUGUUUUUUAAAUAGGAACCCUCUUUUUUUGAACAUAGAUUCGAAUAAAGAAUAUUUUUCUAGAAAAUUUAAUAUUUUUAACGCUAUAAUAUCAGAUUUACUGUUUAUGAAUUAUAACCAUUUAAAUUGUCGACGAAUUUAAACUGUUAUAACAGCUAAUAAUCAGGAAAUCUGAUAUUAUAGUGUUACACGUAUCAAAUUUUCCAGAAAAAUAUUCUCUAUUUGAAUCUGUGAUUGAAAGGAGUGGGUUGUUAUUUAAUGAUACAAUGUGAAUACUCAUUUCAAGUAUAAGGAGUAGAGGUAAAAAUUUAAAUAGUGUUAAAAUAAAACUUUCACGACUUCAUAAUAAUAUUAAAAAACAGAAAUCAAAUUCACUUAAAAUCUUCAGAGAAAAUUACUGGUUUUUCUAGUUCAUGAUAAAAAAAAAAUCGCUAUAUACGUACGAUUUAGUAAAACAUAAUUAUUGAAUUUAAAAUGUAAUCAGCCACCACUCGAUGGUGCAUUUAUAAUGUUAAAGGUGUCAUUACUAUGGGAGAUAUAUUGCUGGUAUUGCCUCUUCUGCACGACGUAGGUAAAGUCACGGUGAAGGGUUCUGAAAUUAGGAGAAUUAUUGAACAGACCGUCCAACCGAGCUCAGAAGGCAACGGUGAAUUUUUACAAAUGUCAGGUAAAAUUAACGAAAUCCUAGUAAAAAAAUAAAGUUAAUGUAUUUUUUUUAUAUUUAAUAAUUUAUAGUGAAUGUACCUUUAUUAUUAGUUGCUUUUUUAGAGUUUAAAUUUUGGCUUUUGUGAUUUCUAGUGCAUUUUCCGGGCCUAUUUAGCUGGUCAGCUAAUAAAAAUGUUUAGAUACUGAACGAGAUGAGAAUUGUGCGGGUUUUAUAAUUAUGCGUGCUUUUUAUCUGCCAGUUAAAAACUUAUAUACGAGAAAAUUUGUCAGAUUAAGUACGACUUAUAAUGAACCUUCUGUCAAACUUUAAAUCAUUUCUGUAUAAUCCAACAACUGUAUACACAGAGUUCCACCUAUCAAAUAAAAAUAACGUAAAGAUAAAAUAUCUACAAAUACUAGUAGCUUAAUAAUAGCUCAAAUGUUUUGAAAAUUUACCACGUCUAGAAAAAGCAAAUAAAAGUUUUCUGUACAAAUUUCAGCUAUAAUUUUCAACCGAUUUAAAAAAAAAAAAAAAAAUCGAAAAAUAAUGAAAUCAUUAUUACCGUAAACUUUUCUGUGUGUCCUACUUUUUUUCCCGGUUUUUCACAAUUAAUAUUAAAACUUUUUAAAAAAUUAAAAAAGGACUUACGUAGUUAUUAACAGAAUCCGAAAUGUAACAAAAAAUGUCUCUUGACAUUUUUCGAACAAGGUUUCUGGUAAAAUAUUUGCUUAUUGACACACACAUCAUAAUAAGACCCAUAGAUCAUGAUGCCAUGAAUCUAUGCUAUAAUCUAUGCUACGAAUCUAAAAAAUAUAUAUAUACACAUCUUUUGUUCGUAAAUACAAUUGUGUAAUAUUUUAUUUUAUUUUAUACAAUUUUUUCGAUACAUAUGGUGCAACAGGAGUAAAGUUAGUAAUAGAUCAUAAAUAUCGUGUUAAGACGAUUAAAGUUAGAUGCGCCAUCUGCUUGGUCCCUGUUUACAAGACAUUGGAUCCCGAUGCGGACUACACAAUUAUCAUCAAUGAAAAUUUAGUAACCGGUGAGAGCGAUUUUAAGUUCAAUCAAUUGGUUACCGAUUACCAGAGUCUUGGUAAGUGUGCGUAAACGACAUAGUUUCUGUUAAUGAUUGUUAUUAUUAUUUUUUUAUUUUUUUAACCGUAGGGAUAACGGAAACGGAAAUACUGAAGAGAGAAAUUGAAAUCAAAAGGCUGAUACGGCCGGAAAUCAGUGGUCGAAUAAUUAUUGUUACGGACAGUGACAAAGAAUUGAUGACAGAUACAGAGAGUUUAGAAGACGAGAUGGGCGAUGUGACCGAAACCGCAGAUGAUGGUGAAUUAUAUGAUUUUGGAGUAGAGUCAACAGUUACUCUUGUGGGCAGUUUCUUUUAAAUUAUUCUCAAAACUCGUAUAUUAUAAUUAUUACUAUUUAGCAUAAUGUUGUUUAAUUAUAAUGUUUAUUUAUUGAUUGAUAGUCACUUUCAUAUUUUCAGUGCUAUAACUAUAAGAUAUAUAGUAUUUAAAUAAAGUACCUAAAGGUAUAUUCAUACUGAAAAUAGAAAAGGUAAAUACAAACCAGUCGUGUUUUGAAUGUUCAUAUGGAAAGCUUUAAUAGUUCAUGGAUACAUGAAUUGAUU